ACCGUGAUCAUAUGAUAUUAUGAUCCCCUCGUCCCUUGUCAGUACACACAUGACAAGCCUUGUUUUUCUCUGAUCUCCACAGGCCGUUUUUCAUUUUGAUCAAAUUACAAAAUAAACCAGGAAAUUUAAGGAAACGCGUUAGUAGCUAGAUUUCGACAGACAUGAACUGGUUCGAGGGAACGAUCGCAGAAGCUGUCUCCUCUUCAAAAAGGAAGAAGGCCAUUUUCGUCGUUUAUGUUGAAGGGACCGAUGAAGCUUCAACAUCAAUGAGCCAGAUAUUGAACGGGGGUGAAGUUGCUAAAAAAUUAGACCCCUCAAAAUUUGUAUGCAUACGAUUAGAAAAGGGCUCUCCAAGUCAUAAACAGUUCACUGAUAUCUAUAAACUAGUGCCAGUACCUUCCGUCUUUUUCAUCGGACAUAAAGGUGAACCCUUGGAGAUCGUAGUAGGAAGUACGCAGAACAGCGUUGAAGAAAAGAUAUGUGUUGGAAUUGAGACAUGUAUAAAUUACUUGCAAGGUUCUGUCCCGUUGGGUGAGGCUGUAGGUGAUUCAAGUAUCCCAGCACCAAGUAGCUCAAAUAUUCACCAUGGUGACCUUGGUCAGUUUAUAAAAAUGGAAAGUCAAACUACCGAGAAUGCAGGAAAACCUCCCACAGUCGAGCAAACAUCAACCCAUGAGACGACACACAAACCUGAAGAACCUGAAGGUAUGUCCAUGGAUCAAAAGGUAGAAAGAGCAAAGCUGUUGUUAGCCAGGAAGAAUGAGCAGAAGAGGCAGGAAGAACUUGAAAAAGAGAAAGAAGCAGAACUAGAAAGAAGAAGGAUAGGCCAAGAGCUUCAGAAAGCAAAUCAACUUAAGCAGGAAAUGGAGCUUAAGCAGUUUAUGGAAGAGAGGAAGAAGGAAAGGAGGGAAGAAGCAGAGGCUAAGAAAAAAAUACUCGAUCAGAUAGCAGAGGACAGAGUUGCAAGAGCACAAAGGAUGGCCAUGUCUUCUCAAGUCGUGCCGGACCCUGCUGUAGCAUCUGCCUCGACUGCUCCUUCCACAUCCCCCCCACCAAGCAAUGUGAAUAUUGCGCGACUCCAGUUCAAACUACCUACAGGUGAGGCUAAAACUCACACUUUUCCAGCUGAAACUACUUUAGGUCAGGUUCGGCAAUUUAUAGACAACAAUAUUGUUUUACCAUUCAGCGAGUACCAGAUGGCGACUAUGUUCCCAAGAAGGGAAUUCACUCACCGGGAUAACAAUAUUGAUCUGAGGGCUCUUCAGCUUCUUCCCUCGGCUGUCAUACUCAUCCUUCCUGUGACUGGAAGCCAAGGAGGGGUUUUGUCUGGCCCUUCUUGGACCCAAAUAUGCAUAGAUAUGUUCUGGGACAUGGUGAAACCCUUAUUCACUCUGUCUAGGUACAUUCAGUCUUAUUUGUUCGGCCGCCCUCCACCAAGUAAUGACAAUGCGCCAGGCUGGAGUUCAAACUCAAACCAGGGCCAAGCUCCUACGACUGUAAAUUCAGGGGUGUUUAGAAGAUUGUUUUUUGCAAAUAAACGGAAAAGUGGAAUUAGAAGGAGAGGAAAUGUCCACACACUAGCUGAUGAAGGUGACAGCAAUGACGAAAAUAAUACGUGGAAUGGAAAUUCAACACAACAAAUGUAAAAAAUAUAUUUUUGGCCAAGUGACUCUUGCUCCUACUAUUUUCUCUGUGACAGCCUGAAAUGGGUUCAUCUUUUAGUGAUAGGGUUGAUUAUUUGGAAGAUGAUGAGUCCAUGUGAGGGGAAUUGUGACGGCCGAGGACUAUAAACGCUCGAGAGAUUGUCAGAUAUCGCCUAUCGGAUGCGCCAUUUGAUAUACGGGCACCAAUGCAUUAAAAUUUAUAUUUAUACCA